GCACGGAGAACAUGCAAGGAUCGGGCCAUACUCGUCUGGUUAGACCACGAGCAGUCACUGACACUCUCCGAGUCGUCCUUUGCCCAGCGGACCUGUGCCUCAGUGUCGCUAUUCCAUUGUCCUCGACGGCUCUGUCACCGUGCCAUGCGCUGAGGCUCCGCCGGACCGAUCUGCUCAUUGAACGAGAUCCGCGUUGAGGGCGGUUCG